AUGCGUUCAUUUUUUAUGCUGCUUGCAGCUCAAAUCUUAUACAAUAUGCAAGCAAUGAAUUGUAGAAAAGAAGCCGAGGAUACCCAUCUAAACCACGACUUUGAUGGAGUUGAAUCUCUGGUCCCAAAUAACCUCAAUCGAGAGAUCCUGUACGAAGGCUUUAUUUCAAUAGAAUCUGUGGUCUUUAUUUCAGAGAUGAACCAAUUUGACCUGGGAAUGCUCGAAAUGUUUAUCAAAAAGACAGUUCUGGCUGUUAAAAGCAUCCUGGUUGAAAAUCCUGAUGCAUUCUAUUUAUUUUCAGAUAAUUCAGGCAUUGCUAAUGAAUCAAGAAACGUAGGCAUUGAUGAAAAACUUGCAGAAGCACUUAAUGAGCGAAACAAAUACUUUGAAAAAGACAAGUCCAUGAUAGCAAAAAAUCUGUGGCUUGAUAAGUACAAUGCACUCAAGACACGAAUUGCAGGCAAAGACCUGAAUAUACACUAUGAGGAUCAGAACAAGGAAUAUCUCAAGAUGAUGGAGAGAUUGACAAAUGCAAAAUACCAGGAUGACGGUGUAUCGAGAGCCAUAAGGCGUGAGAUGUUUGAAUUUUACAAGGAAAAGGUGCCGAUGUCUGUAUCUAGAGUUCUUGACUCUAGGAUUAGCUUGAGCAUUGGCGGGCCUAUAUUUGCACCUGGUAUUCUUAUCAGCUUGCUGAGGCAACUUGACGUGCCCAACAAAUCGGAAAUGACGAACGAGAUUGUUGCAAAGCUUCUUGCACCAACCGAGGAGUUAAUAACAAGAAUGCAGAAAAAGUCAUUUCCAGAAAGAAAGGCAUUAGUUCUGGACUUCCUUCAGAGCUGCUUGAUGCGUAAAGAAAGUAUAUUCAGGGACAAGAUCGACAAGGCAUUUGAAGAACGGACGAAAAUACUUGAACUCUACUUGAAGAAUGAUAAAUCGCCUCAGGAUAAGCUUAAGGCAUUUGAUAAGCUUCAAGAAAAAGAGAUAUGUUCAUUGCAGUUUGUGUUCAAAAACAUUGAAGAAGAAGACUUAGUGUUAAGACUUGAUAAGCUGGUCAUAGAGGCAUACACAGGUAUACUAGAGUCUGGCCAGGCAUAUGCAAAAGAUACGCUCUAUGAGCUUUUCAAAGAAGUUUAG